UCAUUAUUCUCCCCGUCAUUUCUAUAUAAUCUUGCACAAGAAGAGAAGCGCUACUCUCUCUCUCUCUCUCUCUCUCUCUAGACACAGAAUCUCUCUUUAAUUUUAGCAUAAAAUCUUAUCUAAAACCAACUUAUAUAUCCUUUUUCUUUUAUCAUGGAUUUUACUCAGUCAACAAAAACCAACUCUACACCCUCUCCUUCGAAGAACAAAAGAAAGCAGCAGCAGCAGCAGCAGAAAAACCAGAACCAACAAGAACAACAUGAGGUAAGGUUUUUGGGGGUAAGGAGAAGGCCAUGGGGCAGAUACGCUGCAGAGAUAAGAGACCCUUCAACAAAAGAGAGGCAUUGGCUUGGUACUUUUGACACCGCUGAGGAGGCUGCCCUGGCUUAUGACCGUGCAGCCAGGUCCAUGCGAGGCUCCAAAGCCCGCACCAACUUUGUCUACUCGGACAUGCCUCCUGCCUCCUCCGUCACUUCCAUUAUCUCACCAGACGAAUCCCAACAUGACAUCUCAGCCCUCUUUGCUCCUCCUCCACAAAACCAUGCUCAUCAAAAUGACACCAACUGCCAAAAGCUCUACUUCUCUCAGGAUCAGUACCCCUUCAAUGCUUAUGCUUAUGGUAACAGUAAUAGCAACUUGUUAACAGGUGGAGAAGGUUGGGUUCAAGGAUGUGGAGCUGGUGCUGCAGAUGGCCCUGGAGGGUCUUAUGAGCCCAAUAAUGCUGGCAGUUUUGGUGUCGCUACUGAGCCCAUCUAUUUCUCUAACAAGGACAAUAUUGAGCUCCCACCUUUGCCUCCUGAUGUCAACUCCAGCUGCUAUGGGUCUGAUAUGGAUCAUGGAUUCUGGAACGACGCAGGGUUUUUUGGGUUUCAAGAGGAACAGAAAAACAACGGUAAUGGGCUUGAGAUUAGUGGAUCAAGCUUGGGUUUUGAUUCAAAUGACUUUGGGCAGCAUGGCUCGUUAUUUGAGAUUAUGCCAUCGGUAUCGGACACGGUCACAGACGAGCUUGAUUUGGGAUCAUCAUCCACCCUCUACUUUUAACUACUAUGCUAGCGCACACAUAUUUAUAAACCUACCUAUCAUAAAAUUAAUCAAUGUUUUGGGUUGUUAUGGGGGAUGAUGAUGGUGUUUUUUUUUUUAUUAUUUAUUUAAGGUUUCUUGUCUGUAAUCUUGCGUGGGAAAUGUCAAUGGUUUUUAGAUAUGUCAUGAAAAGAUGGAGAUGCAACAGUUUGUUAUGAA